AAGACGUGUGCCGACCUAACCAUGAAACGCAUAAGAGACGGAUUCGAUUUCAAGAAUCACCAGAUGAUAACACAACGCAAGGCAAAAAUUACGCAGCACCAACUAUGCUUUUUUGUGUGCUUUGGAAUGCUCGGUGUGCAUGUUCCCCUCAGAAAGCAACUCAUAUAGCUAAUACUUGGGCCCCUCAUUCCCUUCAGUGGUCACUACCGGCCAGCCCCUCUAUUAUUUGAGGAUCUCUCCCCUCCCACCUCCCCCUCUCCCUCCCCCUCCUUAUCUUGGACCUCCUGAUCUUGAAAACUUCUAGCUAGUAUGGCGACUUUGCCUGAACUAGUUUCCCCGGCCUCAGUUGCGGGUGAGGACCUAAAGAAGAAAGAUGGUAAAAGAGUGAUCCAUAGAGGCGAAGGGUCUUCGUCCUUCAACCUUCGAAGCCUUUCGAAGCUCAUGCCUCCGCCGUUGGGCGUGUCGGGCUACGUUCAAACUCAGGCUGCGUGCAGAGGGAGGGUUAUCUCGCCUCUGGAUUCCAGAUACAGGUGUUGGGAAUCAUUUAUGGUGGUUCUGGUGGCUUACUCGGCAUGGGUUUACCCCUUUGAGGUGGCAUUCUUGAGCGCGGCUCCAAAAGGAGGGCUCUGCAUCUUUGAUAAUGUUGUCAACUUUUUCUUUGCUGUGGACAUUGCUCUGACUUUCUUUGUGGCCUACAUCGACUCCAGGACGCAACUCCUUGUUCAGGAUCAGAGGAAAAUAGCCGUCAGGUAUUUGUCAACAUGGUUCAUCAUGGACGUGGCUUCAACAAUUCCUUUUGAAGGUUUGGGUUACUUGAUUACAGGAGAAGUCAAGACGGAGACGCCCUACAUAAUAUUGAGCAUGUUUAGGCUUUGGCGGCUACGCAAGGUUAAGCAGUUCUUUACAAGACUUGAAAAAGAUAUCAGGUUCAAUUAUUUCUGGAUAAGAUCCAUCAGACUCUUAUUUGUUUCCCUAUUUCUGGUGCAUUGUGCUGCGUGUCUCUACUACUUGUUAGCAGAUAGAUACCCACACAAAGGGAAGACAUGGAUAGGUGCAUUGAUCCCAAAUUUCAAGGAAUCUAGCUUGUGGAUCCGCUAUAUUUCCUCCCUCUACUGGUCGAUUACCACGAUGACUACUGUUGGCUACGGUGAUCUCCAUGCUGUGAACACGAGGGAGAUGGUCUUCAUCAUAUUCUACAUGAUGUUUAACUUAGGACUAACUGCAUAUUUGAUAGGAAAUAUGACAAACUUGGUCGUAGAAGGAACAAGGCGCACAAUGGAAUUUAGGAACAAUAUAGAAGAAGCAUCUAAUUUUGUUUCCCGUAAUCAUCUACCUCCAAGGUUGAAACAGCAGAUAUUGGCAUACAUGUGUGUUAGAUUCAGAGCCGAGAGAUUAAACCAGCAGCAAUUGAUGGAUCAGCUGCCCAAAUCUAUAUGCAAAAGCAUCUGUGAGCAGCUCUUCUUGCCAGUUGUUAAGGAUGUCUAUCUAUUUAAUGGUGUUUCAAGGGAAAUGCUCUUGCUUCUGGUUACACAGAUGAAAGCUGAGUACAUUCCACCUAGAGAAGAUGUUAUCAUGCAAAACGAAGCACCAGACGAUGUCUAUGUGAUCGUUUCAGGUGAAGUGGAAAUUAUAUACUCUGAAGAGGAAAAGGAACAAGUGGUAGGAUCCCUAGGCACAGGAGAUCUAUUUGGAGAAGUUAGUGCAUUGUGUAAUAGGACUCAAGGUUUUACUUUCCGGACCCGAACUUUAUCCCAGCUACUAAGGUUAAAGCACAGCGCGCUUAGAGAAGCUAUGCAAGCCAAACAAGAGGACAGCAUAAUUAUAGUUAAGAAUUUUCUCAAGCAUCAAAUCGAAUAUAAGGAUACAAGUCUUGAUGAUAUUCUAACAGAGAACGGAAACCACAAUGAAGCUAGGAUUCCAUGCACCGUACUGACUGUAACAGCCGCAGGAAAUAGUUCAUUCCUUGAACAACUUCUUAGAACUGGGAUGGAUCCAAAUAUUGGCGAUUCUAAAGGAAGAACACCACUGCACAUAGCAGCAGCAAAAGGAUUUGAAGAUUGUGUUCUGGUCUUACUCAAGCAUGGAUGCAAUGUAAAUGUACAAGAUUUUGAUGGAAACACUCCGCUAUGGAUAUCUAUCGCCACAAGGCACCGCAAUAUUUUCAAACUCCUGUACCAUUAUGCAAGCAGCUCAAAUCCCAACACUGCUGGAAACCUUCUUUGCCUGGCAGCAAAGCGAAAUGACCUAUCUACGAUGAAGGAUCUCUUGGAACAUGGUUUGGACAUAGACGCAGAGAAUGAUGAAGGAACGACUGCCUUACAAGUAUCAGUGGCUGAAAACCAUGACGAUAUGGUUCGGUUUUUAGUCAUGAAUGGUGCCAAGAUAGAAAAGUUGAAUCUAAAUACAUUGGAAACAAGCAAAAUGGCCCAGACGUAUUUUGAAGAGAUGGUUCAGAAUAGAGAAAUUGGAUAUCCAAUCGCGAUAGUAAGACCCCCUAAGAUUAAGCAGGCAAAUCUGGUCGAUAACCAGGAUGAUAUGCUUAAGUGGGAUAAACUUAGGAGGGAUGAAAAAGGGGGUCACCCUCCGAGGGCUAGUAUUUACAGAGGCCACCCACUGAUCAGAAACCCAUGUUCAGAAGCUGGGAAGUUGAUAAGGUUGCCAAGCACAAUGGAUGAACUCAAGAAAACUAUAGGAGAUAAGUUCAGAGUUGAUGGAAAAAAUACAGUCAUAACGAAUGAGGAUGGCGCAGAGAUCGACUCCAUUGAAGUAAUUAGGGACAAUGAUAGACUGUUUAUUGUUGAGAAUGAAGAACUGCAACAUGUUUCGAUCAAACAAUUCCCAUUUCAUUCGUUUGACGUAUCAGCGGAGAAGAUUUAACGUAGAUGAUGUUGGUUUUGGAAGUGUGAAGACCGAAACCUGAAACAAAACUGUAAGUCUGGAAAUUCUCGGGUCGGUCGACCGACAUGCUGACUCCGAUCGACCGCAACAACGGUAGGAAAACAACCCAGGAACUCACUCUGGUCGGUCGACCAAAGCAAGAUGGUGGUCGACCAAGAGUGGUCAUCCGGUCGACCGAAGGUGAUGGUCCGGUCGACCGAAAACGUGCACCAGACCCUAUAAGAAAACUAUGUUCUGGCCGGUCGACGGACACUCAUGGUCCGGUCGACUGAAGUUAGUUUUUCUAGUUUUUUAAUUCAUUUUGGAAACUGUUUUGGGUUGAGAUCCUAUAUAUACCUAAAUUAUUUUUGUAGAACACGUGAAAAAGAUGGUUUUGAGAGGAUUCUUUAAGAGAGAUAUCAGAGAGAUAAAAACCUAUUUGUGGGCAUUGUAAUCUUCUUCAAUUAAUCAAAGAAUUGUGUGGUGUGGCU